AUGGGUGCCGCGACAACAUUCGCAAUUUUUUAUAAAUUCGAUUUUGAAAAUGCUCAAGAAUUUUGCUCGGGCAGUCAAUCUUCCGAUCCUUAUUAUGUUAUUGUACCUGAAACAGUGGCAAUUUUAUCGAACUUUCUGGCAUUUUUCCAAUUUGGAAGACUUUUCAAAAUCAAUAGAAAGAUUCGAGUGGGUGAUAGUGCAAACAAUUUGAGUCAAAAGUAUCAAAUUGAAGAGAAUCUGAACGUCGUAAGAAUAUUACGAGCAUUUACAAAAUGCGAUUUUAUAUUUAUUCUCAUUUAUUUCACGAUGGGAAUCCCAUUUCAUUUGAUUGGAAAACAUAUGGAUCACGCAGAAUAUUAUGCUCUUUUCGAAGGUGAAUGA